AUGUCCGAACUAUUGUUUGAAAGCCAAGAAUCGAAGACAGGCCCCGACUGCGACAACCGCCCUCCACAAUACGACCCAUGCCAGCCAAGCCAAGAUAUACUCACCUCUGUUAUUGAGAACGAGCAUACUCGCCGGAUAUUACACCAACGACUAGACAAUCUGGAGACAGAGGUCAUUAACUUAGCAGAAGAGAAAAAUCCCACCGACACUGAUUACGUUCUGCUUGAGGAGGUCUCUCAAGAGUUGAGUCGGAAAUUUACAGAGGUGGCGCAUAUAACUGCAGAGUUGGCAAAUGUUUACAAGGAACGUGUCGCUGGAAACACCGAACUCUAUACCGCUAUGUUAAGGCUCACUGUUAGUGAGUUCGACCAGACCUACGCUUCUUUAAGGCGGGAUCCAAACCGGCAGAUGCAACACGAGGGAUACAAUUCUCAACACUCUUUAGGGAUCAAACAAGUAGAGGGAGCUGGAUCUCCGUGCUUUUGCGACCGGUUCUUCGAGCUCUCGGCAAAGGUGGAUAAGAUCAAUGAUCAACUCGGCCAAAGCCUUCAAUGCCAUGAUACUCCCGCAAAGCCACCCAGGAGCUUUUGGAAGAGAAUUUUGAAACAUUUAGCUCGGCCUUAA